UGACGACGCCGGGAUCCAGACCUGGCUGCCCGCUGAGCGGAGGAGGGAGCGCUGCCAUGGGCGGCCACCCCCGCUCCGCUGGUCAGGGAUGCCCUCUGCAUCUUUAUUAGUAAAUCUUCUUUUAGCCUUACUCGUCCCCUUUGUGUUUGGAGAAACAGAAGUAAGGUUUGCUGGACACACAGAUUUUGUUGUUAACGAAACAAGUACAACAGUUAUUCGUCUUGUCAUCGAAAGGAUAGGAGAGCCAGCUAAUGUCACUGCAAUUGUAUCGCUGCAUGGUGAAGACACGGGUGACUUUUUUGACACAUAUGCUGCAGCUUUCAUACCUUCUGGAGAAACAAAUAGGACAGUGUACAUAGCAGUAUGUGAUGAUGACUUUCCAGAACCUGAUGAAAUUUUUAUUUUUCACUUAACGUUACAGAAACCUUCAGCAAAUGUGAAGCUUGGAUGGCCAAGGACUGUUUCUGUGACAAUAUUAUCAAAUGACAAUGCCUUUGGAAUUAUUUCAUUUAGUAUGCCUUCUUCAGUCACGGCGAGUGAGCCCAGUGGCAGAAAUGAGUCUGUGCCUCUUACUCUGAUUAGGGAAAAAGGAACCUACGGAACAGUCACUGUGACUUUUGAGGUAGAGGGCCCAAAUCCACCUGAAGAAGAUUUGAGUCCAGUGAAAGGAAACAUCACCUUUCCACCUGGCAGAGGAACACUAGUUUAUAACUUGACAGUGCUCGACGAUGUGAUUCCAGAAAAUGAUGAAAUGUUUUUGAUUCAUCUGAAAAGUGUAGAAGGAGGUGCUGAGAUCAACACUUCUAGGAGUUCAAUUGAGAUCAUCAUUAAGAAAAAUGAUAGCCCCGUAAGAUUCAUUCAGAGUGUUUAUUUGGUAGCCGAAGAAGACCACAUACUCAAUAUUGCAGUGAUUCGUGGAAAGGAUGACAAUGAAAAUCUGAUUGGAUCUGAUGAAUGUGAAGUAUCAAUCAGUUAUGCUAUCAUUACUGGGAAUUCAACAGCACAUGCCCAGCCAAAUUUGGAUUUCAUUGGUCUUCAGCCAAACACAACUAUUGUUUUUCCACCUUUUAGUCAUGAAUCACACUUGAAGUUUCAAAUUGUUGAUGAUGACUUACCUGAGAUUGCUGAAUCCUUUCACAUUGUGUUACUAAAGGAUACCUUACGGGGAGAUGCUGUGCUAUUAGGCCCUUCUAUUUUACAAGUCACCAUCAAGGCAAAUGACAAACCGUAUGGGGUCCUCUCAUUCAACAGUAUUUUGUUCGAGAAGACAGUUAUAAUUGAUGAAGAUUCAGUCUCAAGAUUUGAAGAAAUCACAGUGGUUAGAAAUGGUGGCACCCAUGGGAAUGUUUCUGUGAACUGGGUGUUGACAAGGAGCAGCAGUGAUCCGUCUCCGGUAACAGCAGAUAUCAGACCAAGUUCUGGAGUUCUCCAUUUUGCACGAGGGCAGAUGGUGGCAUCAAUUCCUCUCACUGUUGUUGAUGAUGAUCUUCCAGAAGAGGCAGAAGCUUAUCUACUUCAAAUUCUGCCUCAUACAAUACAUGGAGGUGCAGAAGUGAGCGAACCAGCAGAGCUUUUGUUCUAUAUUCAGGAUAGUGAUGAUGUUUAUGGCCUAAUAACAUUUUUUCCUAUGGAAAAUCAGAAGAUUGAAAGCAGACCAAGUGAGCGACUUUUAUCCUUGAGCUUUUCAAGACUAGGAGGAACUAAAGGAGAUGUGAGGAUGCUUUAUUCUGCACUUUAUAUUCCUGCUGGAGCUGUGGACCCCUUGCAAGCAAAAGAUGGCAUCUUAAAUAUAUCCAGGAGAAAUAGCCUCAUUUUUCCAGAACAAAAAACUCAACUGACUACAAAAAUUCUGAUAAGAAAUGAUGCAUUCCUUCAAAAUGGGGCCCACUUCCUAGUACAGAUGGAAACUGUGGAAUUGGUGAACAUAAUUCCCCCUAUCCCACCUAUAAGUCCUAGAUUUGGGAAAAUCCAAAAUAUUUCUCUACUAAUUACUCCAGACAUUGCGAAUGGUGAAAUUGGCUUUACUAGCAAUUUUCCAAUCAUUUUGUAUGAACCAGAAUAUUUCCCUGCUGAAGUGGUACACAUUCCUCUACAUCGAGAUGGAACUGAUGGCCAGUCUACUGUCUACUGGAGUUUGAAGCCCUCUGGCUUUAAUUCAAAAGCAGUGACUCUGGAUGAUAUAGAGCCUUUUAAUGGCUCUGUUGUGUUUUUGUCUGGGCAAAGUGACACAACAAUCAACAUUACUGUCAAAGCUGAUGACAUACCGGAAAUGAAUGAAACCGUAACACUGUAUCUAGACAGGGUCAAUGCAGAAAAUCAAGUGCUGAAAUCUGGAUAUACUAACUGUGACUUAAUUAUUUUGGAAAAUGAUGAUCCUGGGGGAGUAUUUGAAUUUUCUUCUGCUUCCAGAGGACCCUAUGUUAUAAAAGAAGGAGAAUCUGUAGAGCUCCAUAUCAUCCGAUCCAGGGGAGCUCUUGUUAAACAAUUUCUACACUACUGGGUAGAGCCAAGAGAUAGCAGUGAAUUCUAUGGAAACUCAGGGGUACUAGAAUUUAAACCUGGGGAAAGGGAGAUUAUAAUCACCUUGCUAACAAGAUUGGAUGGGAAACCAGAGCGGGAUGAGCACUAUUGGGUGGUCCUUGGCAGCCAUGGUGAACGGGAAAGCAAGCUGGGAAGUGCUACGGUUGUGAACAUAACGAUUCUGAAAAAUGAUGAUCCUCAUGGAAUUAUAGAAUUUGUUUUUGAUGGCUUAAUUGUGAUGAUAAAUGAAAGUAAAGGAGACAAUACUUACAGUGCUGUUUAUGGUGUAAUAAGAAAUCGAGGUAACUUUGGUGAUGUUAGUGUAUCGUGGGUGGUUAGCCCAGAUUUUACAGAGGAUGUAUUUCCUAUCCAAGGGAAUAUUUUCUUUGGAGAUCAGGAAUUUUCAAAAAAUAUCACCAUUUACUCCCUUGCAGAUGAGAUUCCAGAGGAAUUGGAAGAAUUUGCCAUUACCCUACUCAAUGUCACUGGAGGAGCUAAAAUAGUAAAUAAAACGACCGCAACUCUGAGGAUUAGAAGAAAUGAUGACCCCAUUUAUUUUGCAGAACCUCGUGUAAUUAGUGUUCAGGAAGGUGGGACUGCUAACUUCACAGUUCUGAGAAAUGGAUCUGUUGAUGCUGCCUGCACUGUCCACUAUGCAUCCCUGGAUGGGGAAGCAACUGCAAGGCAGGGAGACUUUGUUCCUGUUGAAAAAGGAGAAAUGCUUGUUUUUGAGGUCGGAAGAAGAGAGCAGAACAUAUCCAUAUUUGUUAAUGAAGAUGAUGUUCCAGAAACAGAUGAGUCCUUUUAUAUAAUCCUCUUUAAUUCGACAGGUGAUACAGUAAUAUAUCAAUAUGGAAUAGCUACAGUGAUAAUUGAGGCUAAUGAUGACACAAAUGGUAUUUUUUCUCUGGAACCCAUAGACAAAGCAGUAGAUGAAGGAAAGACUAACUCAUUUUGGAUUUUGAGGCACCGGGGACACUUUGGCAAUGUUUCUGUGGCUUGGCAGCUGUUUCAGAAUGAUUCUGCUUUGGAACCUGGACACGAGUUCUAUGAAACUUCAGGAAUGGUUAACUUCAUGGAUGGAGAAGGAGCCAAACCUCUAAUUCUCCAUGCUUUUCCAGAUAAAAUUCCUGAAUUCAAUGAAUUUUAUAUUCUAAAACUUGUAAACAUUUCAGGUGGGUCCCUGGGUCCUGGGGUUCAGCUAGCAGAAACCAAUCUCCAGGUAACAGUAAUGAUUCCAUUCAAUGAUGAUCCUUCUGGAGUUUUCUUCUUGGAUCCAGAGUGUUUAGAGAGAGAAGUGGCAGAAGAUGUUCUCUCAGAAGAUGAUAUGUCUUAUAUUACCAUCUUCACUGUUUUGAGGCAACAGGGUGUCUUUGGUGAUGUACGAGUUGGCUGGGAAAUACUGUCCAGUGAAUCCAUUGCUGGGUUGCCUCCAAUAAUAGAUUUUUUACUGGUUGCAGUUUUCCCCAGCACUGUGGUUUUACAACCACACAUGCGGCAUCACCAUAGUGGAACAGAUGCUUUGUACUUCAGUGGUUUAGAGGGUGCAUUUGGGAGUAUUAGCCCCAAAUACUGUACCUCCAGAAACAACACAAUUACCAGCUUUACAUUUUCAGCUUGGGUAAUGCCUAAUGUCAACACGAAUGGAUUUGUUAUAGCAAAGGAUGAUGGCAAUGGAAGCAUGUACUAUGGGGUAAAAAUUCAAACAAAUGAAUCCCAUUUGACUCUUUCCCUUCAUUACAAAACCUUGGGUUCCAAUGUUACAUAUAUUGCCAAGACAACAGUCAUGAAAUAUUUAGAAGAAAAUGUUUGGCUUCAUUUUCUAAUUAUCCUGGAUGAUGGCAUAAUUGAAUUCUACCUUGAUGGAAACGCAAUGCCCAGAGGAAUCAGGAGUCUGAAAGGAGAAGCCAUUACUGAUGGUCCUGGAAUACUGAGAAUAGGGGCAGGGAUCAAUGGCAACGACAGAUUUACAGGUCUGAUGCAGGAUGUGCGGGCCUAUGAGAGGAGACUGACUGUUGAAGAAAUUUAUGAACUUCAUGCCAUGCCAGCAAAGAAUGACUUACACCCUAUUUCUGGAUAUCUGGAGUUCAGACAAGGAGAAACUAACAAAUCAUUCAUUAUUUCUGCAAGAGAUGACAAUGAAGAGGAAGGAGAAGAAUUAUUCAUUCUUAAACUAGUCUCUGUAUAUGGAGGAGCUCGCAUUUCUGAAGAAAAUACAACAGCAAGGUUAAUAAUACAAAAAAGUGACAAUGCCAAUGGCUUGUUUGGUUUCACAGGAGCUUGUAUACCAGAGAUUGCAGAGGAGGGUUCCACCAUUUCAUGUGUGGUGGAGAGAACAAGAGGAGCUCUGGAUUAUGUGCAUGUUUUUUACACCAUCUCACAGAUCAAAUCUGACGGCAUUAAUUACCUUGUGGAGGAUUUUGCUAAUGCCAGUGGAACUAUCACAUUCCUUCCUUGGCAGAGAUCAGAGGUCCUGAAUAUAGAUGUUCUUGAUGAUGAUAUUCCUGAGCUUAAUGAGUAUUUCCGUGUGACAUUGGUUUCUGCCAUUUCUGGAGAUGGAAAACUAGGUUCAACUCCCACCAGUGGUGCAAGUAUAGAUCCUGAAAAGGAAACAACAGAUAUCACCAUCAAAGCUAGUGAUCAUCCAUAUGGCUUGCUGCAGUUCUCCACACAGCUGCCUCCCCAGCCCGAGGACCCAAUGACUCUGCCUGCAAGCAGCGCUCCACUCAUCACUGUGCAGGAGGAAGAUGGAGAAGUCAGGCUAUUGAUUGUCCGUGCACAGGGACUCCUGGGGAGGGUUAUGGUGGGAUUCCGAACAGUUUCAUUCACGGCAUUCAGUCCUGAGGACUAUCAGAGUGUUGUUGGCACCUUAGAAUUUCAACCAGGAGAACGAUAUAAAUACAUUUCUGUCAAUAUUACUGAUAAUUCUAUACCUGAACUGGAAAAAUCUUUUAAAGUUGAGUUGUUAAACUCAGAAGCAGGAGUGGCUGAACUCUUUAGGGUUGAUGGCAGUGGUAGUGGUGAUGGGGACAUGGAAUUCUUCCUUCCAACUAUUCACAGAUGUGCCAGUCUAGGAAUGGCUUCCCACAUUCUAGUGACAAUUGCAACCUCUGACCAUGCUCACGGCGUAUUUGAAUUUAGCCCAGAGUCACUCUUUGUUACUGGAACUGAACCAGAAGAUGGAUACAGCACUGUUAUAUUAAAUGUUAUGAGAAGUCAUGGAGCGCUGUCUCAGGUGACUUUGCAUUGGAGCAUAGACUCUGAUCCUGAUGGUGAUCUUGCCUUCACCUCAGGCAACAUCACGUUUGGGAUUGGGCAGACAAGUGCCAACAUCACAGUGGAAGUAUUGCCGGAUGAAACUCCAGAACUGGAUAAGGCAUUCUCUGUGUCAAUCCUCAGUGUCUCCAGUGGCUCCUUGGGAGUUCACACUAAUGCCACAUUAACAGUGUUGGCUAGUGAUGAUCCUUAUGGGAUAUUCAUCUUUUCUGAGAAAAAUAGGCCUAUUAAAGUUGAGGAAGCUACACAGAGCAUUACCUUAUCAAUAAUAAGGUUGAAAGGCCUCAUGGGAAAAGUCACAGUCACAUAUGCAACAGUGGAUGAUAUGGACAGACCACCUUAUUUUCCACCUAACUUAGCCAGAGCAACUCAAGGAAGAGACUAUAGACCAGCUUCCGGAUUUGCUAUUUUCAGAGCUAACCAGAGUGAGGCAACAAUAAGGAUUUCAAUUUUGGAUGAUGAUGAACCAGAAAGGUCGGAAUCUGUGUUUAUUGAACUACUCAAUUCUACUUUAACAGAGAAAGUACAGGAUCAUCCAAUUCUAAAUUCACCACGUCUUGGGCCUAAAGUAGAAACUAUUGCUCAUCUGAUUAUCAUUUCUAAUGACAAUGCAUUUGGAACACUUCAGCUCUCGGCACCAAUUGUUCAAGUGGCUGAAAAUCAUGUUGGACCCAUUAUCAAUGUGACUAGAAUAGGAGGAGCGUUUGCAGAUGUUUCUGUGAAGUUUAAAGCUGUGCCAAUAACUGCAAUAGCUGGUGAAGAUUAUAGUAUUGCUUCAUCGGAUGUGGUCUUGCUAGAAGGGGAAACUAGUAAAUCUGUGCCAAUAUAUAUCAUUAAUGACAUCUACCCUGAGUUGGAAGAAUCUUUUGUUGUGCAACUGCUGAAUGAGACAACAGGAGGAGCCAAGCUAGGGGCUUUAACAGAGGCGGUCAUUGUUAUUGAGGCCUCUGAUGACCCCUACGGAUUAUUUGGUUUUCAGAUUACUAAACUUAUUGUAGAGGAACCUGAGUUUAACUCAGUGAAGGUAAACCUGCCAAUAAUACGAAAUUCUGGGACACUCGGCAAUGUUACUGUUCAGUGGGUUGCCACCAUUAAUGGACAGCUUGCUACUGGCGACCUACGAGCUGUCUCAGGUAAUGUGACCUUUGCCCCUGGGGAAACCAUUCAAACCUUGUUGUUAGAGGUCCUGGCUGACGACGUUCCGGAGAUUGAAGAGGUUAUCCAAGUGCAACUAACUCAUGUCUCCAGUGGAGGUACUAUUGGGUUAGAUCAAGUGGCAAAUAUUAUUAUUCCUGCCAAUGAUAAUCCUUAUGGUACAGUAGCCUUUGUUCAGUCGGUUUAUCGUGUUCAAGAGCCUCUGGAAAGAAGUUCCUGUGCUAACAUAACUGUGAGGCGAAGCGGAGGACACUUUGGUCGGCUGUUGUUAUUCUACAAUACUUCCGAUAUUGAUGUAGUGGCUCUUGCAGUUGAGGAAGGUCAAGAUUUAUUGUCCUACUAUGAAUCACCAAUUCAAGGGGUGCCUGAUCCGCUUUGGAGAACUUGGGUGAAUGUCUCUACGGUGGGGGAACCCCAAUACACCUGUGCCACUUUGUGCCUCAAAGAGCCUGCUUGCUCAGCAUUUUCAUUUUUCAGUGCUUCUGAGGGCCCCCAGUGUUUUUGGAUGACAUCGUGGAUCAAUCCAUCUCUCAACAACUCGGACUUCUGGACUUACAGGAAAAACAUGACCAGGGUAGUGUCUCUUUACAGCAGUCAGGCUGUGGCUGGUAGUGACUAUGAGCCUGUAACAAGGCAAUGGGCAGUAAUGCUGGAAGGCGCUGAAUUUGCAAAUCUCACGGUUUCUGUUCUUCCUGAUGAUUUUCCAGAGAUGGAUGAGAGUUUCCUAAUUUCUCUUCUCGAAGUUCAUCUCAUGAACAUCACAGCCAGCUUUAAAAAUCAGCCAACCAUAGGAAAGCCAAAUACUUCUACAGUUGUCAUAGCGUUAAAUGGUGAUGCCUUUGGAGUGUUUGUGAUCUACAGUAUUAGUCCCAAUACAUCAGAAGAUGGCUUAUAUGUCGAAGUUAAGGAACAGCCCCAAACCACAGUGGAGCUGAUGAUUCACAGGAUGGGAGGCAGCUUAGGUCAGGUGACAGUCGAAUGGUGUGUUAUUGGUGGAACAGCUACUGCAGGUUUGGAUUUUAUAGGAGCUGGAAAUAUUCUGACUUUUGCUGAAGGUGAAACCAAAAAAACAGUCAUUUUAACCAUUUUGGAUGAUUUUGAGCCAGAAGAUGAUGAAAGCAUCAUUGUUAGUUUGGUAUACACUGAAGGCGGAAGUAGAAUUUUGCCCAGCUCUGACACUGUGCGAGUGAACAUUUUGGCCAAUGACAAUGUGGCGGGAAUUGUUAGCUUUCAGACAGCUUCCAGAUCUGUCAUAGGCCAUGAAGGAGAAAUUUUGCAAUUCCAUGUGAUAAGAACAUCUCCUGGUCGAGGAAAUGUUACUGUUAACUGGAAGAUUAUUGGGCAAAAUCAAGAACUCAGUUUUGCUGAUUAUACUGGACAACUCUUCUUUCCUGAGGGGUCAUUGAAUCAAACGAUAUUUGUGCAUUUGUUGGAUGACAACAUUCCUGAGGAGAAAGAAGUUUACCAAAUCAGUCUGUAUGAUGUCAGGACACAAGGAGUUCCGCCAGCGGGAUUUGCUCUGCUUGAUGCUCAAGGAUAUGCUGCUGUCCUGACAGUAGAAGCCAGUGAUGAACCACAUGGAGUUUUAAACUUUGCUCCUUCAUCAAGAUUUGUUUUAGUACAAGAGGCUAAUAUAACCAUACAGCUUUUCAUCAACAGAGAAUUUGGAUCUCUAGGAAUUAUCAAUGUGACAUAUAGCACAGUUCCUGGAAUGCUGACUCUAAAGAACCAAACAGAAGGAGACCUGGCAGAGCCUGAAGUUGAUUUUGUACCUGUGGUUGGCUUCUUGAUUUUACAAGAAGGGGAGACAUCAGCAGCCAUCAAUGUUACUAUACUUGAGGACGAUAUACCAGAGCUAGAAGAAUAUUUCCUGGUGAAUUUAACUUACGCUGAACUUAUCAUGGCUCCUUUAACUUCAUUUCCUCCAAGACUAGAUUCAGAAGGCAUGACUGCACAAAUUGUCAUUGAUGCCAAUGAUGGAGCCCGAGGCAUAAUUGAAUGGCAACACAGCAGGUUUGAUGUAAAUGAGACCCAAGGAAGUUUAACACUGGUAGCCCAGAGAAGCAGAGGGGCUUUUGGCCAUGUUUCCUUGUUUGUGUACGCACAGAAUUUGGAAGCACAACUAGGGCUGGAUUAUAUCUUCACGCCAAUGAUUCUUUAUUUUGCUGAUGGAGAAAGGUAUAAAAACGUUGACAUUGGGAUUCUUGAUGAUGACAGUCCAGAAGGAGAUGAAAAUUUUCAGCUGAUUUUAACAAAUCCUUCUCCUGGACUGGAGCUGGGAGCAAAUACAAUAGCAUUCAUUACUGUCCUUGCCAAUGAUGAUGGCCCUGGAGUUCUAUCAUUUAACAACAGUGAGCACUUUUUCCUGAGAGAACCAGCAGCUCUCUAUGUACAGGAGAGUGUUGCAGUAUUGUACAUUGUUCGGGAACCUGCAGAAGGACUGGCUGGAACUGUGACUAUUCAGUUCAUCGUGACAGAAUUAAAUACUUCAACUGAGUCUAAAGAUCUAACCCCUUCCAGAGGCUUUAUUGUUUUAGAAGAAGGUGUUCGAUUCAAGGCUCUUCACAUAUCUGCCAUAUUAGACACAGAACCAGAAAUGGAUGAACAUUUUGUUUGCACAUUGUUUAAUCCGACUGGUGGUGCUAGACUAGGGGCACAUGUUCAAACCCUGAUAACAGUUUUGCAAAACCAGGCACCUCUGGGGCUAUUCAGUAUCUCUGCAGCUGAAAGCAGAGCCACCUCUAUAGCCAUCGAAGAAGCCAACAGGACUGUGUAUGUAAAUGUGUCACGUGCUAAUGGCAUUGAUUUAGCUGUGAGUGUGGAGUGGGAGACGAUAUCUGAAACAGCUUUUGGCAUGAGGGGAAUGGAUGUUGUGUUUUCCAUAUUUCAAAGUUUUUUGGAUCAAUCGGCUUCUGGCUGGUGUUUCUUUACUGUGGAAGAUUUAAUAUAUGCUGUAAUGUUAAGAAAAUGGUCUAUGGGAUUUUCUACUAUUUACCGAUGGCAAGGGAUUUUUAUUCCAGUUGAGAAUUUAAGUAUGGAAAAUCCUAAAACCUGUGAGACCUUUAAUAUUGGUCUUUCACCCUACUUUGUGAUAACUCAUGAAGAAGCAAAUCAAGAAAAGCCUUCUGUGAACAGUGUGUAUACUUUCACAUCAGGAUUCAAAUUAUUCCUGGUACAAACAAUCAUUAUUUCAGAAAGUUCUCAAGUAAGGUACUUUACUUCAGACAGUCAAGAUUAUUUAAUUAUUGCAAGUCAAAGAGAUGAUUCUGAAUUAACUCAGGUCUUCAGAUGGAAUGGAGAAAGCUUCGUGUUGCAUCAAAAACUCCCUCUGCGAGGUGUCCUUGGCAUGGCUUUGUUCACCAGAGGAGGCUCAGUGUUCUUAGUUGUUUCCCAGGCUAAUGCCAGGCUAAAUUCCCUUUUAUUCCGAUGGUCUGGCAGUGAGUUUAUUAAUUCUCAAGAAGUGCCGGUCAGUGGGACAACACAAGUUGAGGCUUUGACUUCAGGUGAUGACGUUUACUUGAUUUUUGCCAAAAAUAUAUUUCCAGGAGUUCUGAAUUUAAUCAAUAUUUUCAUUUGGGAGAGAGGACAGACCUCUUUCAGAUAUUUUCAGUUCCUAAAUUUUACUACUGUUAACAAGAUCCAUUCCUUCACACCGGCCUCAGGAAUAGUCCAUAUACUUCUUAUUGGUCCACAUGGGUCUGCUCUUUACUGCUGGAAUUCAGAGCUGAAUCAGUUCUCUUUUGUUCUGGGAGCACCUGCUGCUUAUGAUGCAGCUUCUGUUACAGUGAGGUCUCUUAAUUCAAGCAAGAAUUUAAUUGCUCUGACAGGAGCUACCCACUCACACAUAUAUGAGUUGGCCUACAUCUCCAGCCAGUCUGACUUUAUUCCUAGUUCAGGUGAACUGAUAUUUGAACCUGGAGACAGAGAAGCUAUAAUAGCAGUAAAUAUCCUUGAUGAUAUAGUUCCAGAAGAAGAAGAAUCCUUCAAAGUACAGCUUAAAAAUCCCAAAGGAGGAGCAGAGAUUGGUAUUAAUGAUUAUGUAAAAAUAAUCAUUCUGUCUAAUGAUGAUGCCUAUGGAGUUGUUGCAUUUGCUCAGAAUUCAUUAUAUAAACAAGUGGAAGAAAUGGAGCAAGACAGCCUAGUAACCUUGAAUGUUGAGCGUUUAAGAGGAACAUAUGGUCAUGUAACUGUAACAUGGGAAGCUGAUGGAAGUACUAAUGAUGUAUUUCCUACCUCAGGAGUGAUUUCAUUUUCUGAAGGCCAGGCACUGUCUACCGUCUCUCUGACUGUUCUGGCUGAUGAUGUACCAGAGUUAUCAGAGGUUGUGAUUGUAACUCUCACGCGAAUUACCACAGAAGGGGUUGAGGACCCAUCAAGAGGUGCUUCUAUAGAUCAGAAAAGGAACAAAUCUGUGAUAACUACUCUACCCAAUGACUCACCCUAUGGCUUGGUGGGCUGGCAUGCUGAGUCUCUCUUCAUUAGAGUAGCAGAACCUAAAGAGAAUGUCACACUUCUUCAGUUACAAAUUGUGCGAGAUAAAGGAUUAUUUGGGGACAUUGCCAUUCACUUGAUAGCUCAACCCAAUUUCUUACUGCACAUCAAUAAUCAAGCUACUGAAAAUGAAGACUAUGUGCUACAAGAAGCAAUAAUAAUAAUGAAAGAAAACAUGAAAGAAACUCACGCCAGGGUUGCCAUUUUGCCGGAUGAUGCUCCUGAGCUGGAGGAAGGAUUUAUUGUCAAUAUCACAGAAGUAUAUCUGGUGAACUCUGACUUCUCUGCAGGACAGCCAAGUGUGCAGAGGCCAGGGAUGGAAAUAGCUGAGAUAAGGAUAGAAGAAAAUGAUGAUCCCAGUGGAAUUUUUAAGUUUCAUGUUAUCAGAGAUGUCAAUGGAGUUAUUAGUGCCUAUGAGGUGCCUCCACCCUUGAAUAUUCUUCAAGUUCCCGUGGUCCGGUUGGCUGGAAGCUUUGGGGCAGCAAAUGUUUAUUGGGAAGCAACCCUGGACACUGCUGGCCUGGAAGACUUUACUCCAUCUCAUGGGAUUCUUGAAUUUUCAGAUGGACAAGUUACUGCAGUGCUAGAAAUCACCAUAAUUGAUGAUGCUGAAUUUGAACUCAUGGAGACGUUCACUAUUUCCUUAAUCAGGGUGACUGCAGGUGGCAGACUUGGUGAUGAUGUUGUGGUAACUGUUGUUAUUCUACAAAAUGAUUCUCCAUUUGGAAUAUUUGGAUUUGAAGAAAAGACUGUGAUAGUUGAUGAAUCCCUUUUGUCUGAUGACCCUCAUUCAUAUGUGACAUUAACAGUUGUCCGGUCCCCUGGAGGAAAAGGAGCUGUGCGGCUUCAGUGGACCGUAGAUGAGAUGGCUAAAAAUGAUCUCACUCCUUUGAAUGGAACACUUUAUUUUGAUGAGAUGGAGUCUCAGAAGACCAUUGUAUUACACACACUUCAAGGCACCGGGUUAGAGGGAGACAGGCGUUUCAUCAUUCAGCUGACAUCAGUUGAUAAGGUAGAACUAUCCCCAAUGAAAGGUAGCGCAUCAAUAAUCAUUCGGGGAAAUAAAGGAACAUCAGGAGCAGUUGGCAUAGCUCCGUCAUCUCGGCAAAUCCUCAUCGGGGAACCCUCAACAAAAUAUAAUGGCACUGCUAUAAUUAGCCUUAUUCGUGGCCCAGGGAUUUUGGGGGAGGUCACUGUGUCAUGGAGGAUAGUCCCUCCUUCAGUGGGUGAAUUUGCAGAAACAUCAGGAAAACUGACAAUGCGAGAUGGACAGUCUGCUGCCGUUGUAUUAAUACAGGCUUUGAAUGAUGACGUUCCUGAGGAAAAGUGUUUCUAUGAGUUUCAGCUCACUGAAAUCAGUGAGGAAGGAAUAAUGAGUGAUUCCAGCAGAACUGCCAAUAUCACAAUGGCAGCCAGUGACUUUCCCUAUGGCCAGUUUGCUUUUUCACAUGAACAACUUCAAGUGUCAGAAGAAGCACAAAGGGUUAACCUCACAGUCAUACGUUCUGGUGGAUAUUUUGGCCACGUGAGACUCCAUUAUGAGACUGUGAGUGGGACAGCAGAAGCAGGUUUGGAUUUCACUCCUGUGGCUGGGGAACUCCUUUUUGAACCAAGGGAGAUGGCAAAAAGUGUGCAUAUCGAAAUACUUGAUGAUGACCUUCCUGAAGGCUUUGAGGAAUUUUCUCUAGCAAUUACAGAGGUGGAACUCCAAGGAAGAGGGUAUGAUUUUACCAUCCAAGAAAAUGGACUUCAGAUAGAUCAACCUCCUGAAACAGGAAAUAUCUCCAUCAUUCAAAUCAUAAUAAUGAAAAAUGAUAAUGCAGAGGGCAUCAUUGAAUUUGACCCAAGAUAUACUGCCUUUGAAGUGGAGGAGGAUGUGGGGAUGAUCGUGAUUCCAGUGGUGAGACUGCAUGGGACUUACGGCCAUGUCACAGCUGAUUUCCGCUCUCAGAGUUCUGCUGCCACUACAGGUGGUGUCGAUUAUAUACUGCAUGGUAGUUCAGUCACUUUUCAGCAUGGGCAGAACUUAAGUUUUAUAAAUAUCUCCAUCAUUGAUGACAAUGAAAGUGAAUUUGAGGAGCCGAUUGAAAUUCUGCUGGCUGGUGCUACUGGCGGAGCGGUGCUUGGGCGCCUCCUAGUGAGCAGAAUCACGAUUGCCAAGAGUGACUCUCCCUUUGAUGUUCUAAGAUUUCUUAAUCAAAGCAAAAUUUCUGUUCCUAACCCCAAUUCGACAAUGAUUCUAUCCUUGGUGCUGGAGAGGACUGGAGGACUCUUGGGAGAGAUUCAGGUGAACUGGGAGAUUCUAGGACCCAAUUCUCAGGAAGCCUUACCACCAUGGAAUGGUGACAUUGCAGAUCCUGUGAGUGGGUUCUUCUAUUUUGGAGAGGGUGAAGGUGGACUGAGAACCAUAAUUCUGACAAUCUAUCCUCAUGAAGAAAUUGAAGUUGAAGAAACUUUUGUUGUUAAACUUAAACUUGUGAGAGGAGAAGCUAGAUUAGACUCCAGAGCUAAAGAUGUCACAUUAACAAUACUGAAGUUUGGUGAUCCAAAUGGAGUUGUUCAGUUUGCUUCUGAGUCUUUACCCAAGAAGACCUAUUCAGAGCCAUUGGCUUCUGAAGGGCCAUUGAGCAUUACUUUCUUUGUCGAAAGAGUCAAGGGCAUUUUAGGAGAAAUUACGGUUUACUGGGAAUUAAGUAGUGAGUUUGAUAUUACUGGAGACUUCAUUUUCACAAAAGGAUUUUUUAUCUUAGCUGAUGGAGAGAGUGAAGUGAGCUUUAAUGUUCAUUUACUACCAGAUGAUAUACCUGAGAUUGAAGAAGAUUAUGUGAUCCAACUUGUUUCUGUAGAGGGCGGAGCAGAACUGGAUUUAGAAAGAUGUAUCACAUGGUUCUCUGUUUCUGCAAAUGAUGACCCACAUGGAGUAUUUGCCUUGUAUUCGUAUCACCAAUCAAUACUUGUUGGACAGAACCUUACUAGAUACAUCCAAAUUAAUGUAACCCGACUUGCUGGGACAUUUGGAGAUGUGGCUGUUGGAGUUCUAAUAUCAUCUGACCAUAAGGAACAGCCGAUUGUUACUGAAAAUGCAGAGAGGCAGCUGGUGCUCAAAGAUGGUGCCAAAUAUAAAGUUGACAUGGUACCAAUAAAGAAUCAGGUCUUCCUGUUACUAGGCUCUAACAUCACUUUGCAACUGAUGACUGUGAGGCUUGUUGGUAGACAUCUCUAUGGAAUGCCACAGAUUCUCCAGGAAGCAAAGUCGGCUGUCUUUCCAGUCCCUGAGAAAGCUGCCAAUUCUCAGGUUGGAUUUAUGUCUACUGCUUUUCAACUUACGGAUAUCACUGCUGGAACAAGCCAAUUUGUGAUUUCAAGGAGAGGGACGUAUGGUUCUCUCACAGUUGCCUGGACAGCUGGAUAUGCUCCAGGGCUAGAAAUCUCUGAAUUCAUUGUUGUCGGUAACAUGACCCCUAAAUUGGGGAGCCUUUCAUUUUCUCAUGGUGAACAAAGUAAAGGUGUUUUGCUACGGACUUUUCCAAGCCCCGGUCGACCCGAGGCCUUUGUUAUUCACCUAUCUGGAGUGCAGAGCACUGCCCCUGGUGGAGCUCACCUUCGAUCAGGUUUCACUGUUGCUGAAGUUGAACCAAUGGGAGUCUUUCAAUUUUCCCCUAGUUCAAGAAAUGUCAUCGUGUUGGAGGAUAUGCAGAUGAUCAGGUUACAUGUACAGAGAUUGUUUGGGUUCCACAGUGAUCUUAUUAAAGUUUCCUAUCAGACAACUGCAGGAAGUGCAAAGCCACUGGAAGACUUUGAACCUAUUCAGAAUGGGGAACUGCUGUUUAAAAAAUUCCAAACUGAGGUUGAUUUUGAAAUAACUAUUAUUAAUGAUCAGCUUCCUGAGAUAGAUGAAAUUUUUUAUAUCAAUCUAACUUCUGUAGAAAUCAGGGGAUUACAAAAACCUGAUGCUAACUGGAGACCACGCUUGAAUCUAGAUUUCAGUGUUGCAGUGAUCAUGAUAUUGGAUAAUGAUGGCCUGGCAGGAAUGGAUGUUUCUUUCCCCAAGACAACUGCAGCAGUAGACACAGCUCGCAUUCCUGUAGAAACUGAUUUUACCACCCAACUUGACACAACCAAGACAACUACCAUUCCACAGUCAACUGAAAUGGUUGCCGUUGUUACUGCAGCAACUGUUACAUCUGCCAUCCCUGAGAAACUUGUCACCCUUCCUAGUACAUCUGCCAUGUCUGAGAAGCCUGAUGUGGACCCUGUAACUGCUGAUAUUUCCAUUCAUGGAACGUUUAGUCUUGGGCGACCAAUUGUUUACAUUGAAGAGGACAUGAAAAAUGGCACACUCAAUUCUGCAGAAGUUCUUAUUCGAAGAACUGGUGGUUUUACUGGCAAUGUCAGUAUAACAGUUAAAACCUUUGGAGAAAGAUGUGCUCAGAAGGAACCAGAUGCCUUGCUUUUUCAUGAUAUCCAUGGACUUGCCAACCUAACUUGGGCAACUGAAGAAAAAGAUUUUGAAGAACAAACUCUUAUCCUUACAUUUCUAGAUGGAGAAAGAGAACGUAAAAUAUCAGUACAAAUUUUGGAUGACGAUGAGCCUGAAGGGCAGGAAUUCUUCUAUGUGUUUCUCACAGACCCUAAAGGGGGAGCACAGAUUGUGAAAGGAAAGGAUGACACUGGAUUUGCAGCUUUUGCCAUGAUUAUUAUUACAGGGAGUGAUCUUCAGAAUGGCAUUUUAGGAUUUAGUGAGGAGUCUAGGAGUGGACUAGAACUGGGUGAAGAUGCUGAUAAAAGAAAACUGCAUCUUAUUGUCACAAGGCAACCAAACAGGGCCUUUGAAGAUGUCAAAGUCUUUUGGAGAGUCACAUUUAACAAAACAGCCAUUGUGCUUCAGAAAAAUGGGGUGAACCUGAUGGAUGAACUCCUCUCUGUGUCAGGGACCACAAUCUGCAUGACAGGUCAAACAAAGUGCUUCAUCACCAUUGAGCUCAAACCAGAGAAGAGUCCUCAAGUUGAAAUGCAUUUUUUUGUGGAACUUUAUGAAGUCACUUCAGGAGCAGCAAUAAACAACAGUGCCAGAUUUGCCAAGAUUAAAAUCUUACAGAGUGAUGAACCUCGAAGCCUCAUAUAUUUUUCUGUGGGUUCUCGGUUAGCAGUGGCUCAUAAGGCAGCCACUUUAAUCAGUUUGCAGGUGGCUAGAGAUUCUGGGACAGCACGAAUGAUAUCUGUAAACUUCAGUACCCGGGAGUUGAGGAGUGGUGAAACAAUUGGCCGUACUCUCAUAUCUCCAGCUAUUUCUGGGAAGGAUUUUGCAAGAACUGAAGGCACACUGGUCUUUGAACCUGGCCAGAGAAACUCCAUGUUGGAUAUCAUCCUAACCCCAGAGUCAGGGUCUUCAAAUCCAUUUCCUAAACGAUUCCAGAUUGUGCUUUUUGACCCAAAAGGUGGUGCCAGAAUUGAUCAAGUAUACGGCACUGCCAACAUCACCCUUGUCUCUGACUCAGGUUCACAGGCCUUGUGGGGGCUUGCGGAUCAGCUGCACCAGCCCCUGGACGAUGCCAUUCUCAGCAGAGUGCUUUACAGCAUUAACCUGAAAGUGGCCACGGAGAACACAGAAGAACAGCUCAGCGCUGUGCUGCACUUAAUAGAUAAGAUAACUGUUGAAGGAAAAAAUCAAGCAUUCAGUAUUGAAAACCGAAGUCAUUUCUAUGAAAUUCUCUGUGCUCUGAUUAACCCAAAGCGCAAAGACACUAGGGGAUUCAGUCACUUUUCUGAAGUGAUUGAGAAUUUUGCUUUUUCUCUGCUAACUGGAGUUACUUGUGGCUCUCCUGGUGAAAAAAGCAAAACGAUCCUUGACAGUUGUCCGUAUCUGUCAAUACUGGCUCUCCACUGGUAUCCUCAGCAAAUCAAUGGGCACAAAUUUGAAGGAAAGGAAAGCGAUUAUAUUCGAAUACCUGAGAGGUUACUGGAUGUCCCCGAUGCAGAAACAAUGGCUGGGGAAAGUGCCUGUAAAUUUGUCCAGUUUACAGAGUAUAGCAGCCAGCAUUGGUUUAUAACUGAAAACAAUCUUCUUGCUCUGAAAAAUAAGGUAUUAUCUUUGAGUGUGAAAGGUCAGAGUUCACAACCCCUGCCUGACAACAAUGAGGUUCGCUACAGGAUUUAUUCCGCCGAGGCUAGAAUUGUUCCUCGGACAUCUCUGUGUCUCCUUUGGAAUCAGGCUGCUGCAAGCUGGUUGUCUGACAGUCAGUUUUGCAAAGUGGUUGAGGACACUUCAGACUACGUGGAAUGUGCCUGUUCUCACAUGUCUAUGUAUGCUAUCUACUCCCAGACUGACAACUUAUCUUCAUACAAUGAAGCUUUUUUCUCUUCUGGAUUUAUAUGUGUCUCAGGUCUUUGCUUGGCUGUACUUUCCCAUAUCUUCUGUGCCAGGUACUCCAUGUUUGCAGCUAAACUUCUGACUCACAUGAUGUCAACCAGUUUAGGUACACAGAUUGUGUUUCUGGUGUCUGCAUACGCAAGUCCCCAACUCACUGAUGAGAGCUGCUCAGCCCUGGCUGCUAUCACACAUUACCUGUAUCUUUGCCAGUUCAGUUGGAUGCUCAUUCAGGCUGUGAAUUUCUGGUAUGUUCUGGUGAUGAACGAUGAACACACAGAAAGGCGGUAUCUGCUGUUUUUCCUUCUGAGUUGGGGACUUCCAGCUUUUGUGGUGAUUCUCCUCAUAGUUAUUUUGAGAGGAAUCUAUCAUCAAAGCAUGCCACAGAUCUAUGGACUCAUCCACGGUGACCUGUGUUUCAUCCCAAACAUCUAUGCAGCUCUGUUCACUGCUGCUCUCGUGCCUUUAAUGUGCCUUGUGGUUGUGUUUGUGGUGUUCAUCCAUGCCUACCAGGUGAAGCCACAGUGGAAAGCAUAUGAUGAUGUCUUCAGAGGAAGGACAAAUGCUGCAGAAAUUCCACUGGUUUUAUAUCUCUUUGCCCUGAUUUCAAUGACAUGGCUUUGGGGAGGACUGCACAUGGCUUACAGACACUUCUGGAUGUUGGUCCUCUUUGUCAUUUUCAACAGUCUGCAGGGACUUUAUGUUUUUGUGGUUUAUUUCAUUCUACACAACCAGACCUGCUGCCCCAUGAAGGCCAGCUACGCAGUGGAAAUGAAUGGGCACCCAGGGCCCAGCACUGCCUUCUUCACGCCUGGGAGUGGAAUGCCUCCUGCUGGAGGGGAAAUCAGCAAGUCCACCCAGAAUCUUAUCACUGCUGUGGAGGAGGUACCACCUGACUGGGAAAGAGCAUCCUUCCAACAAGCCAGUCAGUCCAGUCCUGACUUGAAGCCAAGUCCACAAAAUGGCGCCACGUUCCCUUCUUCUGGAGGAUACGGCCAAGGGUCACUGAUAGCUGAUGAGGAGUCCCAGGAGUUUGACGACUUGAUAUUUGCAUUAAAAACUGGUGCUGGUCUCAGUGUCAGUGAUAAUGAAUCUGGUCAAGGCAGCCAGGAGGGAGGUACUUUGACUGAUUCCCAGAUUGUGGAACUCAGGAGGAUACCCAUUGCUGACACCCACCUCUAGCUCCUCAGUAACCAUUAGAAUGAGAAUAUUUUCCUAUUUGUAUUGGCUUUUGUGCUAAAACUCUGUAAGUACAUGUAGUCUUGAAAUAGGAAUCUGUAAAUUAUACUGGAUGACUAACCCAGAAGUGAUUGCUAUGUUUGGAAUAUAAAUUACUUACCUUUUUAUGACCUGCAAAUUCACUGCUACAAUGAAAGACUGCAUCAAUUUGUAUCAGUUAAUAGGAUGACAUAUUCCAAGGCUAUUAGUUGUUUUUUGAUCAUCUUACAUGGCUAACAUGUUUAAUAAAAGUAAU